CGGUCCGGUUUAUGCAUUCGCCCCACUUGAUCCGAGAAUGAUGAAGACGACUUGAGAGAAGCGAGGUUCUCCGAUCGAGGAGGGUGCGAUGGAGCCGAUUGACGAGGAGCGGGGACUGAUCGGCCACCGAUCUACCGCCGGAACGAGCACUGCUGUGGGCGAAGGAAACCCCACUCAGCGCACGUGGCCUACGGUGGACGGGCCGCAUGGACUGUCGGAAGAAGAGUCUCUACGCUACGCCCGCAGCUACUUCUAUUGGGGCUUCGCCCUCCUCCCCUUUCUAUGGGCCGUCAACUGCUGUUACUUCUGGCCUGUCCUUAGGAACUCCCAUUCUUCGCCUCAGAUUCGUCCUUAUGUAACGCGAUCUGCAAUUGGGUUUUCAGUCUUCUCUUUGGUCCUGGCUACAUGGUCCCUGACGUUCAUAAUUGGAGGGGAACUACUUUUUGGUCCAGUGUGGAAUGAACUUGUCAUGUACAACCUGGCUGACAAAUGGGGCUUGACAGGUUGGACAUAAAAAUAGAGCAAAACAAUGCUCGCAUAUUAUGCUCAUUAUCAUAUACUGCCUGCUUCAGUAAAUCCCAGUCAUCAUGUUCAUAUGCAUCAUAACUGUUAAAAUUUUCUCCUUUGGACGAAUGAUACCUAUUUCAAUUAAGUGGAGACAACGUUUUAUAA